GCCCCUGCGUUCAGCCGUUGCCAGGAAACAAGCGCCCUUGCUCGGGUUUGGUCGGGCUCAGCCAAUGAGCUGGCACGCCAUUGCCCAGUCGUGCGCCGCCGGGUGGUUACGUGCGGUGCGCGGGGGCGCGAGCUGCGUGUGGCGCGGGGCGGGGCGCGGGCUGCGUGUGGCGCGGGGCGGGGCGCGGCUGGUGCGCCUGAGAAGCGAUGGCGGCGGCCUGAACUCACCUAACACUGCCGCAACAACCGGGCCCGGCCAGGUUCGGCUUUCCGUGAGUGAACGAAACUCUACAAGCCAGAAGAGAGUGGGGGCCGAUAUUCAACAUUCUUAAAGAAAAGAAGUUUCAACCCAGAAUUUCAUAUCCAGCCAAACUAAGCUUCAUAAGUGAAGGAGAAAUAAAAUACUUUACAGACAAGCAAAUGCUGAGUGAUUUUGUCACCACCAGGCCUGCCCUAAAAGAGCUCCUGAAGGAAGCACUAAACAUGGAAAGGAACAACCGGUACCAGCCACUGCAAAAACAUGCCAAAUUGUAAAGACCAUCGAGGCUAGGAAGAAACUGCAUCAACUAACAAGCAAAAUAACCAACUAACAUCAUAAUGACAGGAUCAAAUUCACACAUAACAAUAUUAACUUUAAAUGUAAAUGGGCUAAAUGCUCCAAUUAAAAGUCACAGACUGUACAUACUGUUUUUAAUAUGAAGAAAACCUUUUCCUCUGCCCUCUGCUUAAUUAGUAUCUCAUUAUUAAAGAGAGAAGUUCAAUUUUAACUCUGUGGAACCCUCUAAUAGCACCCCAGGCAGAGUUAGUUGCUUUCCUUCAUGCCCCCAUGACACUUUUUGUAAAUACUUGUGUUUACAAUAUUUGUUGGAUUUAUGUUUGUGCUACCUCAACUAUUUUUAUCUGUCUUUGUUAUUUCGAGUGCUUACUGAGUACAGUGCCCAGUAUUUUAUCCAUAUGGAUGUACAUUGAGUUAAUCAACGAGUAAGCCCUACCUGCUCUUUGGGACUGGGCCCCUCCCUUUAUAAGACUCACCUAUUCUAUAGAAAUUUUCCUUAGACAUAGUGGCUACCUUCCUUUAGUUGUGAGCUGGAAAUUGUGUGAGAGAGUAUGUGGGUGAAGGGAGAUAUUGUUAAUAUAACCUUAGGGCAAAAUGUGGGGCUGGUGCCAGGUCUCUGGAUUCCUUCAGCCUUUUUUGAGUAUAAAGAGGAAGGACAACUGAACUACCCCUUUCCUCUCAAGGUUUUAUACUUGUGAGAGACAGUACUGAUGAGGGUGUGGUGGCUGUAAAGGAGAAGGAACUAUGGUUCCUUCUCCAAUAGCUACUUGGUACUUUUUUCCUUUGUCUUGUGAGGAUGUCUUAUCAUUUUCUUUGGAGCGAGUUUUGGAUGUGUCUGGCAGGAGUGGAGAUGGGAAUGUGUCUGUCUUCCUUACUGGAAAGGAAACAGCUCUUCUCUAUUGGUUGGCUCUGAAUUCUUCCUCUUAAGAGUAUUCAAUCAGUUAAGGGUCUAUUUGCUCAUCUCCCAUAGGUCGAUGGGUAGGUUUCUAGGGAAGCACCUGUGAUAGACAGAAAUUUGUUCUUCAGUAGUCCCAGAGGGCUAGAGUGAGAUCAAGGCUGGAUUUCUUGAUUGAUUGUUCAUUCAUUCAUUCAUUCAUUCACUCACUUAUUUGCUUCAGCAUUCAUACAUUCAACAAAUAUUUAUUGAGUUCCUAUGGCCUGGGGAUACAACAGACACAAUAAGACAAACCCUGCCCUCAAAGAAGCUACCUAAUGUGGGGAACAUAGACAAAUAAAUAGUUUCAGAUAGUGAAAACUGCUAAGAAGAAAGGAUUAGGAAGCUAGAGAGUGAAGGUGAGAAGAUGUGCUAUUUAGACAGAAUUGUUAAGCAGGGCCUCUCUGGGGAGAUGAUUUGAAACAAACAAAACGAGCAAUGACAGCAAUGUGAAGAGUGGGAGAAGGACUUUCUAGUCUAGGCAGAGGGAACAAAAAGUAUUCAAGAAGGCCUGUGUCACUAAAGUGUGAGUGAGAAGGAGAAUGGUAGGAAGUUACACAGAUUAGAUUAUGUAGGCUCCUGUAGGCCAAAAUAAGGAAUUUGAACUAUGAUAGUGUGUUAGGAAAUUAUUGGAAAGUAUUCAGCAGAGGACAGGUCAUAUAAUUUAGGUUUUAAAAAUAUCACUCUGGUUGUUGUGAUAACUCUCAGGAGGAUAAUAAAGGAAUCAUGGAGACCAGAUUGGAAGCUACUGCAAUAGUGAGACAUAUUUUGAAGGUAGAGAUGAUAGAGUUUGCUGAUGAACUGGAUAUUGGAAGUAAGGAAAAGAAAAAGCAAGGAUAACGUGCACAUUUUCAGCUUGAGCAUUUAGGUUAAUUUUGGUAUCAUUUUCUUUUGAGAUGGAGAAAGUUGAAGGAGUAACAGGUUUGGUGGUAGAAAUCUGAGUUCUGUUUUAGACAUGUCAGUUGCUGACUGUGUGUGUGUGUGUUUGUGUGUGUGUGUGUGUAUGUAUAUAUAGGUGUGUGGAGUUUUCAGUGGAGUGGUGGUUCUAAGUUCUGGAAAGUGAGCUUCUAUUUAUCCCUUCCAUUAUCUCUUCUCUGAAUUAGAUUUAGAAAUCUGGACUGGCCAGUGACCUCUGGGCUUGCCAUUCCAGCCUGGUAUAACCUCUGGCUCCAUGGGCAGCUACUGGCUCCUACAGACCGGAUGAAGCAGACUGGAGACACAAGUGGAGAAAACCUCCAGCUGGCAAAUCUUCAGAGUGUAGGCCUCUGGCUGCCAGUCCUGCCCAGCCUGCCUCAUGGAGAGGAUGAAUUGGCUGAGCAGACUGGCCUCCCGGGGCCCUGGGCACCGUAUACCUCAAGGGGCCAAUCUCCAAACCCCAGUCAUGGCUGAUCCCGAGACCUGCCUCAUGGUCUUCAAGAAUCACUGGUCCCAGGUGGUGCGAAUCCUGGAGCGGCAAGGCCCUCGGGCAGCUCCUGGGGGUGCAGACGAUCUCAGUGCUGUGCGCAACCACACUUACCAGAUGUUGACACUGCUGGCAGAGGAUCGUGCAGUUCCCUCGGCCCCCACAGGCCCUGGGCCCCUGCUGGAGUUUGCUCUGCGCGAGGAUCUGCUGACCCGUGUGUUGACAUGGCAGCUGCAAUGGGAUGAGCUUGGGGAUGGGGUCGAGGAACGGCGGGCUGAGCAACUGAAACUAUUUGAGAUGCUAGUGAGCGAAGCUCGCCAGCCACUGUUGCGGCAUGGUCCAGUUCGUGAGGCUCUGCUCACCCUGCUGGAUGCUUGUGGCCGCCCUGUGCCCAGUAGCCCAGCACUGGAUGAAGGCCUGGUGCUACUUCUCAGCCAGCUGUGUGUUUGUGUGGCCCAGGAGCCUUCAUUGCUCGAGUUCUUCCUGCAGCCACCUCCUGAGCCUGGAGCUGCUCCCCGUCUUCUUCUCUUUUCUCGCCUUGUCCCUUUUGUGCAUCGAGAGGGCACCCUGGGCCAGCAGGCCCGUGAUGCCCUACUUCUUCUCAUGGCUUUGUCAGCUGGGAGCCCCACUGUGGGCCGCUACAUCGCGGAUCACUCUUACUUCUGCCCGGUGCUGGCCACAGGGCUCAGUGCCCUGUACUCAUCACUGCCUCGAAAGAUUGAGGUUCCAGGGGAUGAUUGGCACUGUCUGCGACGGGAAGACUGGCUGGGAGUGCCAGCCCUUGCACUCUUCAUGAGUUCCCUAGAGUUCUGCAAUGCAGUAAUUCAGGUAGCUCACCCCCUGGUACAGAAGCAGUUGGUUGAUUAUAUCCAUAAUGGGUUCCUGGUGCCUGUCAUGGGUCCUGCCUUGCACAAGACCUCUGUGGAGGAGAUGAUCGCCAGUACCGCCUAUCUGGAACUUUUCCUACGGAGUAUCUCAGAGCCUGCUUUGCUCCGUACCUUCCUGCGAUUCCUGUUGUUGCACCGGCAUGACACCCACACCAUCCUCGACACCCUUGUUGCCCGUAUUGGCAGCAACUCCCGGCUCUGCAUGGUCUCUCUGAGUCUCUUCAGGACCCUCCUGAACCUCAGCUGUGAGGAUGUCCUGCUGCAGCUGGUUCUCAGGUAUCUUGUUCCAUGUAACCAUGUUAUGCUGAGCCAGAAGCCGGCUGUGCGUGAUGUGGACCUAUAUGGACGAGCAGCUGACAAGUUUCUCUCCCUAAUCCCACGCUGUUGUCGGCACCACGCCCCCAGCCCGCCUCGUCCAGAGCAUGCCUCAUGGGCACGAGGUCCUGGAAGCCCAAGUGUGGACUCCUCUUCUGUGAUGACAGUACCCCGGCCCUCCACACCAUCUCGUCUGGCUCUCUUCCUGCGGCAGCAGAGCCUGGGUGGCUCUGAGUCUCCAGGCCCAGCCCCUUGCUCACCAGGGCUUUCUGCAUCCCCAGCCUCCAGCCCUGGCCGACGGCCUACCCCUGCAGAGGAGCCUGGAGAGCUGGAAGACAAUUACCUGGAGUACCUGCGUGAGGCACGUCGUGGUGUGGACCGCUGUGUCCGAGCCUGUCGUACCUGGUCUGCCCCCUAUGAUGGCGAGCGGCCCUCUCCUGAGCCCAGUCCUUUUGGCUCCCGGACUAAGAAACGCAGCCUACUGCCUGAGGAGGACAGGAACAAUGUGGGGGAAGGGGAGGAGGAAGAGCUGGGGAGUAGGGGGCUGGCUGGGGGUGCAGGGGAGGGCCCUAGUCACCUGCCCCCUCCCCAGCUCAAUGGAGUGCCAGGAUCAUGGCCUGAGGGGGCCAAGAAGGUUCGUCUGGUGCCAAAGGAGGGAGCUGGGGAACUGCUAGAGGGCACCUCCGAGGGCAUGGCAGGACUAGAGGGCUUUGGGCAGGAGCUCCGGGAGCUAGAGGUGGCAUUGAGCAAUGGGGGAACUGGCUCAGAGUCCCCCUUAGAACCUCCACUGCCCCUUGAGGAGGAGGAGGCCUACGAGAGCUUCACCUGUCCCCCUGAGCCCCCUGGCCCCUUCCUCAGCAGCCCUUUGCGGACUCUCAACCAGCUGCCAAGCCAGCCCUUCACUGGCCCCUUCAUGGCUGUGCUCUUUGCCAAACUCGAGAACAUGCUGCAGAACUCCGUCUAUGUCAACUUCCUGCUGACGGGGCUGGUGGCCCAGCUGGCCUGUCACCCCCAGCCCCUGCUCCGCUCUUUCCUGCUCAACACCAACAUGGUCUUCCAGCCCAGUGUCAAGUCCCUGCUGCAGGUGCUGGGCUCUGUGAAGAAUAAGAUUGAGAACUUUGCGGCUUCCCAGGAGGACUUCCCAGCACUGCUGUCCAAAGCCAAGAAGUACCUCAUUGCCCGUGGCAAGUUGGACUGGGCUGAGGGCCCUGCAGCAGGACCUGCCCCGCGUCGUUCUGAUCCCCUAGUGAAGAGCCGGAGGCCAUCCUUGGGGGAGUUACUCCUGCGGCAUGCACACAGUCCAACCAGGGCCCGGCAGGCGGCACAAUUGGUCCUUCAGCCUGGGCGAGACGGAGCAGGACUUGGCCUAAGUGGGGGCUCCCCUGGGGCUUCAACUCCAGUUCUGCCCACCCGGGGCGGGGCCCCUGAACGCCAAGGUGAGGCUCUUCGAGUCAAGAAUGCUGUCUACUGUGCAGUCAUUUUCCCUGAAUUUCUCAAGGAGUUGGCUGCCAUCUCCCAGGCUCAUGCUGUCACCUCACCUUUCUUGUUGGAGACUUCAGAGGAAGGAUCUGGCCCUCUCAUCUCAGGCUGUGGGCCCCUCAAUCCUUAACUUUCUUCCAUGGACAAUCAGGGCCAUGGGUGGCCCGGGCUGGGGCUAGGGCACAGGCUCCUUUUUAUGUUUGGAGGCAGUGGCAAAAGGACUUUUUAAUUUAUUUCAGAUGAAUGUUUUAUGGAGAACUUGUUGCAAUAUGUAUAAAAGGGAAAUCUCUA